UUAUACACAAAACUUUAUUUUUAUUUUAUAUAGUAGAGCUUAAUUUUAUCAAUGUUUCUCAAUUAAACCGCCAGAGAGAGCUAGUAGUAGCGGUAGCGAUUCGAGCACAUCUAUCUUUACAUUAUAAAACAUCGAAAUUCGUAAAAAUAUGUAAAUAAUGUUGAUCAAAAAUAAAAACGUAUUUCUAAUCAUUUAAUUUUACAUUAAAUUUUAAUAAAUUAAUAAAAUUCUAACAGUUUUACGCUUGAAUGUAUUAAUGACACGUGGAAUCUUACAUAUUUUGACAAUUCGUUUUUGUAGCAAGAAAUUUCUUCUAUCAAGUCAUCCAAUCAUAAUAAAUAUAUCAACUGCAUCAUCGGUUGUCCAACUAUACAAAAAUCCCGGUACGCAUUAACUCAGAUAAGAGAAAUUAAUAUUAUAAGAAAAAAAAAAUGAAAAUAUGAAUUCUAUAAGUUAAAGAAAAAUAACAAUUGGAUAUUAUAAUUAAUAAUCAAAAUGAAAUUUUCAACUUCUCCACCAACAAGUCGUUGUACAUCCCCAAUUUUAGUAGACGUAGGAUCAUCGUUACCAACACCAGUUACAUAUAGACAUAAUUGUAUUAGUGCUGCUACCAAAUGUUACAAAUACUUGAGGAAGUUAUUAAAAUUUGAACAAAUGGAUUUUGAAUUUGCUUUAUGGCAAAUGAUCUUUUUGUUUACAGCACCACAAAAGGUUUAUAGAAAUUUUCAAAGUAGAAAACAAACAAAAUCACAAUUUGCAAGAGAUGAUCCAGCAUUUUUAGUAUUAUUGACAUGUUGGCUGUGCGUGUCAGCAGUUGGUAUUGCCAUAGUUUUGGGAUUAGGUUUUCUCCAAUUUCUAAGGCUUUUACUUUAUAUGAUUUUUGUUGAUUACAUUGGUGUUGGUUUAUUAGUAGCUACUGUUUUUUGGUUUGUAACUAAUCGGUAUUUAAGAAUUGAUAGAAGUCAGGACGUCGAGUGGGGAUACGCAUUUGAUAUUCACUUGAAUGCUUUCUUUCCACCUUUAAUAAUACUUCACAUAUUACAACUUUUUAUAUAUAAUGGCCUCGUAAAUUCAAAUGUUUUUGGUGCACGAUUCGUUGGUAAUACGCUUUGGUUUAUAUCCGUUAUAUAUUACAUAUACAUUACUUUUUUGGGAUAUACAAGUGUUGAAAUACUUCACAAGACACACAUCAUUUUUUCCGCUCUACCAAUAAUGUUAAUAAUAUAUAUAAUUACAUUAUGUUCUGGAAUCAAUAUCAGUCGUCUGAUUAUGGAUUUCUAUCACUAUAGAGUUAAUUAAAUAUAUAAUAAAUAUAAAACGAUUUAUUGUAAACAUUUUUGAAAAUAUUUAA